AUAAAAAUAAAAAAACAAAAAAAACAAAACCAUGCAGUGCACCUUUAAAAUCAAAACAACGUGAACACCUGGACUAUAUAUUUGCAUGCAUCACUUUACCACACCACAUUAUUUUUAGGACGGUACAACAUGGGUUACAUGUUGCUUCAUGUUUUUAAGACUGAGGAACAGAAAAUGUCCACUCUGCUGAGAGGAGAAUGUCGUUUUUAAUCUCUGUGUAUGCCAUCAGUCACAUACACCAUCUUUGGAUGAAUGUCGCCUCCCUGUGGUCUUUGCGUGAAAGUUUUUUUCCCUCUCUCCUAUGGCCGCGUUCCAAACUAAUUAGACCGUAUCCUCAAACACUACUCACGUCACAUGUCAUGCAGCCUCAUUCAAUAUCUAAUUCACUUCAUGGCUCAAGCACUCGACGUGUGUUUAUUAUAAUAUUCGACACAUUGUUUCUAGAAUUAAAACGCUCAAAAGCACUGAUAUGGUUAUAGUGCCCGGCGCGCGCGGCGCGGGCGAGCUUUAAAGAUCCCCGGCUGCGCGUGCCCGAGCUGUUGCGAGGGGCUAUCGAAUCGGGGCCGCGCGCGCAAGCAAAGCAAAGGCUGAUGAUCACCACAGAGAGUCGUCACGUCACGGGUCCGCAGCGACCGACAGAGAUGCUGAGGUGACAGGCAGAAGGAGAACAGGGACGAUCGCAUCCAGACAUUAUUUCACCUCCUGCUCGUUCAUUCGUCCUCCGACCACCACCAUCACCGCCGACACCGACGAGCCUCCACCUCUCCUCCCCAUAUGGACGGCUCUCCAGCUAUGGAAUUCCGCUCGAUGUCGACCCCGCCGCCUCCGUACGUAGACGAUUUCGUGUAACCACACCCGGCGUCUCUUUGGAUCGAGGAUUGGCAGCGAAGACCCGAGGGUUCUACAUCAAGGCCCAAAUGCCCGGCUCAGUGUGAGGCUGCUGUUUCGAGGGAGGGGGCGGAAGCAGUGAGGGCAGCGUCCCUGGUCCACAGACGAGAUGAGCGGGGGAGCGGAGCAAGCUGACAUCCUAAGCGUGCUCUCCCUGGUCAAGGAACGAUGGAAAGUGACGAAGAAGAUCGGGGGCGGUGGAUUCGGGGAGAUCUACGAGGCGGUGGACCUGCUGACGCGGAUCAACGUGGCGCUGAAGGUGGAGUCGGCCCAGCAGCCCAAACAGGUGCUCAAGAUGGAGGUCGCCGUGCUGAAGAAGCUCCAGGGUAAAGACCACGUGUGUCGCUUCGUGGGAUGUGGCCGCAAUGACCGCUUCAACUACGUGGUGAUGGAGCUGCAGGGUCGUAACCUGGCUGACCUGAGGAGGAGCAUGACCCGGGGAACCUUCAGCAUCAGCACCACCCUGCGACUGGGGCGCCAGAUCCUGGAGGCCAUCGAGAGCAUCCACUCUGUCGGCUUCCUGCAUCGUGACAUCAAACCGUCCAAUUUCGCAAUGGGCCGCUUCCCGAGUACCUGUCGAACCUGCUACAUGCUGGACUUCGGUUUAGCUCGCCAGUUCACCAACUCUUGCCAGGAGGUCCGACCUCCCCGUCCAGUGGCAGGCUUCAGGGGAACGGUCCGCUAUGCAUCUGUCAAUGCACACAAGAAUAAGGAAAUGGGUCGCCACGAUGACCUCUGGUCUCUCUUCUACAUGCUGGUGGAGUUUCUGGUCGGUCAGUUGCCAUGGAGGAAGAUCAAGGACAAGGAACACGUAGGGAAGCUGAAGGACACUUACGACCACCGUCUGAUGCUCAAACAACUGCCAGCAGAGUUUGGUGUCUUCUUGGAACACAUCUCCACCCUCGACUACUUCACCAAGCCCGACUACCAGCUGCUAAUGUCCGUGUUUGACAACAGCAUGAAAACCUACAACGUCGUGGAGAAUGACCCUUACGACUGGGAGCGGACUGGCACUGAUGGCACCUUGACAAUCAGCGCCACAGCCACGACGCCGCAACAUCACACCCGCCUCACUCCAGUGCACUUGGGUAUGGCCAAUGCCUCCCUGAUCCCCGGGGACCUGCAGAGGGAAAACACAGACGAGGUUCUGCAGGACGAGCAGCUCAGCGAUGUGGAGAACAACCCCGCUCCGGAGCGCCUGCCGGGCUCUCCUCUCCACCUACACCGCAACCAGGAGGCUGACGUCUGGGAGGAGCUGGACCGCAACCGUAACCGCAUCAGGACGGCAGUGUGGAAGGCGGGACCGGAGGAGGAACACAGCAACAACCAGGGUAACCAAGGACAGCAGAGCAACUAUGCUGGGCUGAAUGCGAGUCCCACCGUCAAGCUGCACGCUCAGCCUGUGGCCUCAGACCGUGACGGCCCUCUGCUGAGGAAGCUCCGCAACAUUCACAGCUUUGAGCUGGAGAGGAGGCUCGGCUUAGAGUCCAAGCCCAGUCCAGAGCGCUCCCUGGAGCCAGACUUAUCGAAGCAGCAGCUUGGCGCCCAGCACCAGGAGAUGGAGGCUGAUGGGGCUGCGAUCAUCCAAGUAACUCAGGGUCAAGCUCUACCUGCCGGGGAGCGACCUGACAGGGUCUGGCACUAUGAUGAGGAGUUCCGUUCUGGUGGUGGCUCUCCUAAGCCAGCAUCCUCAGGAUCUCAGGAGCAGGGAGAGGGGGCAGUCAGCAGUGGGGGCUUUGUGGCCCUCAAUCUAAGCUCUGGGAGGCAGGACAUUGACUCGAGGGAGUGGGUGAUGGUAGAGAGGCCCAAUGGCUCUCCAGGAGCCAAGGUUACCACCAGCCCUUCGGAGGAGGACGAGGAGCCGGAGGUGCUCCAGCCAGGGGGACAAUCCCCUGGAUGGGAAAAGGGCAGCCGAAGCCCGAGCUCUGGCAAAACUAAGCAAGAAAGUACGGCUUCCUCCAAGGGAAGUGCAAAAGUGGACAAGCUGGAGCUCAGCGUUGGCCAGGUGGGGGCCCUGCCCCCCGUCACUCCGACCAGCCCAGCUGAAGCUCUGGCUGAAGGAGUCCUCACUCAGUUCCCCACCUCUCCUCCGUCCCUGCCUGAGGAGGUUGCGGUCCGGACAUGCAGCCCCAUCCCUCUGCGUUCUCCCAGCCCUCACACUCUCCUGACCACCUUGUCGGACCCGCUGCACCAACGCCAGCCGCUGGGCAUGAGGCGCAGCCAGUCCGCCGACCAGCCGCAGCAGGAGCGCCCCUCCUCUUCCUCCUCUUGCCACGGUUCCCUGCCACUACCACCACACCCUGCCCCCGGCACCCGUUCGCCCAGUCGUAGGAAACUGCCGGCCAUCCCGGCGGGCGCCGCCAACGCCAAGUUCCCCUCUGUCAUACGCAUCACCCGUGCCCAGCUUCAGCAGUUGACAGCUCAGCGGCCUUCUGGGCUGUCCUCCCAGUCGGGAUCAGACAGUGCCCCACAGUGCCUCCUGCUGGAGAGGCGCGGUGAGGCUGAAGCUGACGCUCAGCAGGUUCAGGAGCACACAGCGGACAUCUGCUCCCCCCAGGACCAUGUGCCCACCCAUCCAGGGACCCCCACAGACCCCCUGGCUGAGGCGCUGGUCAAUGGAAACGCCAAAGCUCAAAGCCCUGUGCCAAGCCGCGUGUCUUCCCCGCGUUCUCCGCGCUCGCCUCCUCCGCGCUCACCUCCUCUGCGCUCGCCUUCUUCUCCUCGCUCCCCACGCAGUCCCUUGUUUGCCAAUGGACACCUCUCCUCUCCUGUCAACGGCCAAAGGGAUUUCAGUAAUGGAGCAGUACCCAGGCUGAAAGACCAUGAGAACGAUUAUGGCCACAUUCAGUGCGCCACAGAGCCCCAGAUACGGGGGGAGGAGAGCAGAGAAGUGCACCAGAUCCCAGAUCAGCCCAGAAGCCCAGCCUCCUCCUCCCCUGCCGCCCCCCGUAAGGACCCCAGCCGGAGGCAAAGUCGCAUCCCAAUCCUGGAGCCCUCCAGCCUGCUGGAGCUCCCUCCUCCAGGGUCUGCUAAGGAGAAACUUCUGCAGAAGAAAGCUAACCACCAGGGCCCGGUCCCCUCCCCCACUGCCUCACCAUCCCUCUCUGACAGGCGGGGCCCCAUGGUCCUUGCCAAGGACCCACUGUCCUCCACCUCUGACCGCUCCCAGGAUGAGGACUCUCUCAUGGGCUCCCGCUCUGACCGCCAGGGAGACGACGCUCCAUCCCUCUCCUCCUCCUCCAGUCCUCUGUCCCGCAAGAGCAGGAUCCCUCGUCCUGUUCAUCCGGCUUCUUCCGCUGAGCAGCUCGCUGCCCAGUUCGUGCCACGCCCGCCCCCUGGAAAGCCACCUUGCCGUAGCACAGUGGAGGGCAGGCUCAGGCGUUACCGCAUUCGAGCUGGCAGCACCAGUGACUCAGACCUCCUCACAUGCCUUGCUCAGCUGAUGCACGGUUCCCGAGGCUCCCCACUUCACCACCGCUCCUCAGCCCAACACGAUGGCCCCCGGAUGGGCAUCUGCAGCCUGACGAGCUCCCCGCACCACCAUCGCAGCUCCAGCGCAUCCCCACGCAGCUCCUCCUCCCUGCAGCGCUCCGUCAGCUCCUCGCCCUCCCGCCAUGAGCACCGUGGCGGUGGGGGAGGGGGCUGCCUGGGCCGCAGCCGCUCGCCCCCCAGCUUCUCUGGCUCGCCGCCUCCCCGCCGCUUCUACACGCACCACCAGGACACCUGCUGCAGCCGCCAGGCCCGCACCGUCCCAUUCCACCUGUCCAGGGGAAAAGGAUGUAGCCGAGAGGGCAAGUGCUCCAGCAAGCUGAGCAGAUAGUUGUGCUGCCACAGCAGAGGAUGGGAAGACUCCAAUUAUGUUAAGCUAGAUAGAAGCCUGAGUCUUCCUGUAUAAUUUGAAAAAUCCCCCCCUUUUUUUUUGCUGUCAGUCGGAAUUACACUUGUCUUGUCGUUUCCCGCUGUUCUCCUCACUUCUUCUAUUUGCACAAAUGGCUUGUCAUUCAUUCAUGUGCCCAGGGGUGCUCCAGCGAUUUAGUGUUGCACUUCCAGUUCCAAUCCCAUUCAUGACUGACAUCUAUAUUUAGAAUUUGCUGUGGAAAGAAAGUAGAUUUUCUUGAAAACCCAUUUGAAUGUGAAGACAAAAUCUUAAAGGGGAGCUCCACCAGUUUUACACAUUAAAGUGUGUUAACAGGUCUUAAGGAUUACUACUGCAUAUGUGGAAAAGUAAUAUGAAGCCUUUUGUGGUUCUAGAGGAAGCUGUAGGUAAUGAUAAUGAUAAUGAUAAUGUAAUGAUUUAUUGCCUGCAGUCAUGUCACUCAGUGGCUAAGUGGCUUUGUGGGUAAUGUAGGCAACAGGGUUUUAAAAGGAAGAAGAGUGUGCAGGAAUGAUUUUGAGCAUUUAUUUUUUAAGCUCUCCAUAACGAGGCCAGUGUUGGAUUGAGUGCAAUGUCAGCAGUGAUGGAAUUUAGCAAAGUACAAAGUACAAAUCCUCAUGUACUGUCCAUAAGUAAAAUGUUGAGGUACUUGUACUUUACUUGAGUAUUUUCAUUUUCUGCUACUUUAUACCUCCAUUCAUUUUGGAGGCACGUAUUGUAUUUUUUACUCCACUACAUUUAUUUGAUCUCUUAAGAUAGUAGUUACUUUGCAGAUUAAAUGCCGUAUCAAUGAUAUUCAUCUGAUAUGCUGGUACACCACUGAAUGCUACUCCUGGUGGACUGCUUUUACAAAACCCAGUGCUUUCUGGAGCCACACAACACUUUAUACCGCUUUUUCCACAUGUGCAACAAUACUCCCCAAGACAUGUUAACACACUUUAAUAUGUAAAAAAAAAAAAGGUGGAGUGACCCUUUAAGAAAAACAUAUGUGUAAUAUCUCACACCGACUGGAAAAAUUCAAAUGGAAUUGUUGUCAGCUCAGCUAGGAAAGAAAAAUAUAUAAUCAACUGCGGGCAUUAAUGGGAUAAAGUUGUUGGACUCGUGAGAGACAGAUUUAAAAAGUCAGGCUCUGUGAUCCAGAAGCUGAGAUAUUUGUCCAUUACAUUUGCCAUAAUGCCACACCCCAUCUGUCUCAUUAUUAUAAUGAAGGCUUUCCAUUAGAAGUCUCAAGCCCAAUUGUUGGAGUGCCCCCGAAGCGACAUUGACACAUCAGGGUCCUCGUUUUAAUGUAUAUUAUCAUGGUGUAGAGCUGAAUAACAGCUAAUAGCUAAUAAUUACAGAGUGGUUUCCCAAUGUGGGCAGUGCUAUUAUAGAUAAAUCAACAGUUUUCUGGGCCAGUGGGCACAUAAUUGAAUACAUUUCCUGUUUAUUCAUCGUCAUCUAUCCUGCACCACACUAUAACUUAUUUAUCCCCUGUGUUAAUGCACUUGGAUUAUACUGAUGGAAUAUUAGAAUAGCUGAUCACAGCUUAAUUAAACAUUGGCCUGGGGUUGACUCAUUUAUCUCCUCUGUAUAUGGAGAUUGCAGGCAGGGUAUAAUGUUUACUUUAUGCUAUAUGUGGACGCAUAAAGGCCGAAUUUGUGUACAGUUGUAUUUAUUGAGAUAUUUAUUUUGAUGCUUAGCGACGCUUUUCGACCCCCACCCUCCUCUGUGCGAUAGUGGACGUGUGGUUCUGUGCCCCCCCCCUCGCGGUAGUUUUUAAGUGUUCAAUCAAAGGGAUCGCUCCAACGUGUGACCCCCCCUUUAAUACAAUCAAUCAUGUAAAGUGCGUGAGGACACACACCUUUUUGUGCCUACUGUGUUGCUGAGAGGGAAAUCGCACUGAACUGAAGAGAUUACAAAGUUAGAAUUGUUAUCUGUAGGCAUAGUAGCAGUAGUCAAACAAAACAAGACAACAAAAAAAAAAGGUUAAACAACACAAGGUGCAUUACCGAUGAGUGAUGUUCAGACACGGAUGUUUGUCUCAGCGUGUGCCUUGGCACUUUUGGGCAGCUCGAGGAUUCACUUGUUUGUUUGUAGGAGCCCAAAACGGACUUGUGCCAGCAGUUAGAAGACGACCCUUUUCACCAGUAUUCUUCUACGUAGGAAAGGUAGCAACACAAACGUUUUAACGCGAAUUGAGCAGCAGUUUACUUGAGGACAGAGUAGCUAUUAAAAAAGUGAAUCCUGUCUUAACUGUCCUGUAUAUUCGCCAGGUCAGUGUUUGAGAUUAAACUUUGAAGAAAAAAAGAAAAAUGUGAAUUUCAGACCUUAAACAACAUUUUUGUCAAAUAAUAAACGGAGGCCAUAUGUACAUAUAUUUCUCACACCAAAAUAAUGUUCCAUGCUUCCAUGUGCUAGAUUGUUUUUUUUUUGUUCCGUUGCUCCCGCACCUGGAGAAUGUCUUUUUAUAUGACGCAGUACGUUUGUGCACAAGGCGAAGGAAUCAGAGUAUUGUUUGUGUUUGAUUUAGUUAGGAUUCCUCACUGACAACUCCUCCUCCUCCCCCCACUUCUCUGCUUGUAAGAUACUGUAAAAUAACUCCGGCUUCCUCCCGACAGCUACUCUUUGCAUGCUCAACAGAGAAUAGACAGAAAAAAUAAAUAAAUCGACUACUGAGUUAAAA